UCCAUCCCAAAGAAGGAUAAUUUCUUCUCUGUUUUACUUCUGUUCUUUUGAAGUAGCAAUGGAUAUCUACAGCUCAACGCUAUCACCGGCCCUGGACAUUCUCACAGGAUGUUAUCUGCUGGUUAUAGCUGUUCUCUCCAUCGUGGGAAACCUGCUUGUUCUCAUCAUGGCAGUCAAAAGGUCAUCAAGGAUGAAACCACCAGAGCUGCUGAGUGUGAAUCUUGCCGUGACAGACCUGGGAGCAGCUGUUGCCAUGUACCCACUCUCUGUGGCCGCGGCCUGGAACCACCACUGGCUCGGGGGAGAUGCUUCCUGUUUAUACUACGCUCUGGCAGGGUUUUUCUUCGGGAUCGCCAGCAUAAUGAACCUGACUAUAAUGGCAAUAGUGCGCUUAAUUGUGUCCCUCAAUCUGCAGUCACCCAAUCAGAAAAUCAGCUGGAGAAAGGUGAAGAUUCUAUGUCUCUGGAUCUGGCUGUAUGGUCUGAUCUGGGCCCUGUUCCCCAUCCUGGGAUGGGGACGCUACGGCCCGGAGCCUUUCGGCCUGUCCUGCUCUCUUGCCUGGGGACUAAUGAAAGAUGAGGGUUUCACCUUCGUCGUCACUUUAUUCUGCUUCAACCUUGUCCUGCCCAGUCUCCUCAUACUCUGCUGUUACUUUGGCAUAGCCAUCAAGCUCUUUUUUACCUACAAAAGGUCAAUUAACAACACCCACCGAGUUCCAAAUAAUGUCAAGCUCCAUCGAAGGCUGUUGGUGAUUGCUGUGCUCAUCAGCUUUGGCUUUAUAGUCUGCUGGACGCCCUACGCCACAGUAAGCCUGUGGUCUAUUUUGGGGGACAGCAGCACCAUUCCACCUGAAGUCAGUCUCCUCCCGUGCAUGUUUGCAAAGAGCUCCACUGUGUACAAUCCUUUGAUCUACUACAUCUUCAGCAAGAGCUUCAGAAGGGAGGUGAAGCAGCUGGGCUCGUGGUGCCUCAGCUUUAGCCCAUGCCAUGUCUCCAACACCCUCAAUGACAACACCAUUGAUAUGAGUCAUGCUGGCGGCAAGACCAACGUAGAAGUACUGUCCACUUUGCAGUAG